AUGUCGGCAACGGGCAACAAAGUGUUUGCGCCAGCCAUCUUCUUCAUCGCCGCCAGGGAGGCGCUCGAGGCCUCCCUCGUGAUUGGCAUUCUCUCUGGUAUGCUCGAAAACCUUGUAGUGCACACAAAGUCGGCCGAAGACCUCGCCGCUCACGACUCGCUUACCGAGUCUGAGAAGCACGAGGUCGAACAAAAGAAGCGUGCGCUCGUUCGUAAGCUUCGAAAGAUUGUGCUAUUGGGAGCUUUGACCGGUCUGUUGAUCGCAUUUGCUAUCGGAGCUGCGUUCCUGGCCGUUUUCUACACUCAAGUCAACGACCUCUACGGUAAAGCAGAAGAGCUUUGGGAAGGAAUCUUCAACCUGGUCGCUGUGUUGCUUAUUACACCCAUGUCACUUGCCAUUCUGCGCGCUGGUAACAGCAAGCGCAAAUGGAAGCGCAAGCUCGAAAACGCUUUCAGCCAUCAAAACAUCCAGCCCAACCACCGCAGAGAUGAAGAGGGCGAGGCAACCGUUGUCAAUGCUAACCACUCGGAUGAUUCCGCUUCUGCUUCAUCCUCGUCUGCUCGUCAGGCAGCCGAGGAAGAGGCUGGUACAAAGACGACGCGAACCGAGAAGCUGAACCCUCUGGAAGCUGUCGACGUUGUUCCCAGCAUGUCUGGCGACCAGCGUCGAAAGCGCGGCGGCUUGCGUGGUCUUUUUUCCAAGCCAUCCGGAGCAGUCAACGAUCUCAAGCUUCGAAUGAAUCGCGGAACAUUGGCCUUGUUCACGAUCCCCCUCAUCACCACACUUCGAGAAGGCCUCGAAGGUGUCGUCUUCAUCGGUGGUGUCUCUCUCGGUCUGCCCGCAACCUCGAUCCCGCUUCCUGCCAUCGUUGGCCUCGCCGUCGGUUUGGGAAUCGGAUUCCUCAUCUUCCGUUCGGGCAACUUGGUCUCGGUUCGAAUCUUCCUCGUCUUCUCCACUUGCUUCCUCCUCCUCAUCGCCUCUGGUAUGGCUUCUCGAUCCGUUUACUACCUCCAAUUCUACGCUUACGUCCAACUUGUAGGGGAUUCAGCUGCCGAAUCCGGCGACGGUCCAGGAUCCUACAACUCGCAAGGUUACAUUUGGCACUUUAACUGCUGCAACCCAGAGGCCAACAAGGGUGGAACAGGAUGGGGUAUCUUGAACUCGCUUGUGGGUUGGAACAACACCGCCACCUACGGAUCAGUCUUCAUGUACAUCGGGUACUGGUUUGCCGUCGCUGGCUAUCUGUGGUACCAGAUCUGGAGCGAGGGCAGACUGGCACUGAGGUUCGGCGGAAAGACCUACUGGGAGUCCAACCGUUCAAUCCAGGCCAGGCAGAGGAAACAGGAGAAGGCUCACCAGCGCCAACUGAGAGAAGCCGACCAGGAGGAGCAUGGCCACUCGUCGAACAGCGACAAGCAACAGCACCCCUCCGAGGCUGGCCCAAGUACCCUCUCUCACUGA